AUGGAGAGAGGUGAGAUUUAUUUUGAGUUUAUAAACCAAACAUGUUUGUGUAUUUUUAGUCACAAACUAUUUGCUUGAUUUGGAUUCCCGAAUUUCAUCACGGUUAUAUAAAAGCAAUAAAUAUCCUGAAGUUUGCAUAUGGAUUGAAUGGAUGGUAUGUUAAGAUGAAACAAAAGCUUAUACAUUUCGAAAAGUAUUUUUAGGUUCAUGGAUUUCCUUGGUUUGUAUGUAGCAGUCUAUUUUUGAUAAUAGCUUAUGGACGAGAAUGGGAAGAAUCAACACAAUUCGGAUAUUUACUCCUUAAUUUUGGAUUAUAUUUUGAUUUGAUUAUUGUUGCCUUGCUCAAAUUCCUAGUGCAGCGUGAGCGACCAGUAUCAGCAAAAGGACACGUAAGUUGUUGAUUCGGAAUAUUCGAUCUAUAAUCUAUGCAUGUUAUAGAUCCUCGAACACACUGUUGAUUUCUACUCAUUUCCUUCUGGUCACACAACGCGUGCUGUCAUGCUUAUUGUUUUAUUGUGAGUUUUUUUUAAAGUCAAAUUUCAAGUUUCACUCUUCAUAUUUCUUUUAUUAUAUUCUAAUUUUUAGAUCACAACAUUCUUCAAUCACAUCAAUGUUAUUCAUCCCAUUACCAUUUAUUAUUGGAUUAUCGAGAGUUGCUUUGGGUCGACAUUAUAUAACCGAUGUUUUAGCGGGUCUAGUUAUUGGCUAUAUUGAAGGCCUUUUAAUGUUACGUGUACCACCAAGCACUAAUUUGUUUUUUAGAAAGUUAUUGCGAUAAACAACUUAUUUAUUUUUUACUAUUUAUUAAUUUUUUCAUAUGGUUUCAAAUCUUCUGCAAAUACUUCUCAAGCUUUCUAUUUGUAUUUUUUCAAAAAAGUUUUGCAUGUUUUGAAAAAUUUUCAGAUGACAGAAGGAGAGAAGGAUAUUUUCCGCGAUACACCGGUUCGUUUUUUGGGAUAUGCAAACGAGGUUGGAGAAGCUUUUCGAAGUCUGGUCAAACCGAUAGUUGUCAAAUUCUCAUAUGUUGUUGCUUUCGGAUAUGUAGCUGCGGAUUCGAUUGAUAAAAGUGCCAAGGAAUCAAAGGUCAGUAUUAAAAUUUACAAUUUAUAUGAUUUUCGAGUUCGGUUUUUCCAGAAAUCAUUCGCGAAUGAUGGUGAAAAAACAAAACGAGUUGCAAUUGUUGCUGGGGACACUGUUUUAUGGCAAACUUUGGCGUCAGUUAUGAUUCCUGGUUUUACGAUUAAUCGUUUUUGCCAUUUCACAAACAUCCUUCUUGAAAAGUAGGUUUUUUGAACGUAUUUUUUAAAUAAUUUAAUAGAAUUUCCAUAAAAAUAAUUUAAUUUUCAUAGGUCUACAAAACUUCCACCAACUUCUAGAAAAUAUACAGUUACUCUUCUUGGACUUGCAACAAUUCCAUUCAUUGUUCAUCCAAUUGAUCAUUUUGUUGAAACUUCAAUGAACAACACAGUUCGUAAAUUGUAUAAUGAUAAGUGA